AUGAAAGUAAUCAUUGUUGGCGCCGGCAUCGCCGGGCUGUCCCUUGCCAUUGCGUUGACCCAGAGCAGCCACCAGGUUGUAUUGGUGGAAUCAGCCUCAGAAUUAGCAGAACUCGGCGCAGGAGUACAGAUGACUCCGCAAGCUAUCAAGUAUUUGUUUAAAUGGGGCAUGAAGAACGAUCUAAUGGACAAGUCCAUUCGGCCUGAGUGUAUGUACAUUUGGCAUUACAAAGAUGGCAAACUCAUAGGCACCCUACCUCUCGGCCAGAUGGACCGUCGGUACGGUGCGCCGUACAUUGUAAUCCAUCGCGGGAUGUUGCACUCGAUACUUCACAAGCACGCCGUCAAAGCCGGGACACAGAUAAAGCUCAGCAGCAAAGUGAUCCAGUAUGACUUCCCACGUGGUGCGGUAGAACUUGAUACAGGUGAAACACUUGAAGCUGACCUUGUUGUUGCCGCCGAUGGCAUAAACUCAUUCGCGCGACAACAGUUGUUGGGAGAAUCUGACCCUGGUAGUCGCCCGACUGGAUGGGCCGCCUUCAGGCUGUCUGCAGAAAUGAGCAAGAUCAGAAGGGACCCGUUGAUUGCCAAGGCAAUUAACUUGGACUCUGGAUGCUCAAACUUUUGGGUUGCGCCACACAAGUCUUGCAUGACGUAUCUCAUCAAAGGGGCAACUACUCUCAAUAUUGUUCUGUCCCAUAGAGAUAUCAUUGAUACCAGCCGGUUUUCGUUGGAGGAAUACCGUCAAGCCUCCCGCGAGAUGUUUAGGGACUUCGACAAGCCUGUGCAAAGACUUUUGGAACUGUCGACUCCCAAGAUUGCCAAUUUUCCUGCUUAUGAGGUUCCACCUCUUCCCAAAUGGACUGACUCAUCGGGUCGGUUUACAUUAAUAGGUGAUGCUGCACAUGCAUCAGUGUAUUUCCUGUCAAUGGGCGUCAGUCUUGCUGUGGAAGAUGCUACAGCUCUGUCUACUGCGAUCAAUUACGUGGAGACGAGGUCGGCUGGGUUGUCUCAAUCGCAGGAGCUCCUCUGCAAAGUCAUGCAUGUUUUCCAAAGAGUUCGCAUGAGACGGGUAUUAGCAGUACAAAAGGCAAGUUCGUAUGCUGGUGAAACACUUCACGUAGAGGACGGAGAACAGCGUGUUGCGCUAUACGAAGCCCUGAGUCAGUCGGAUCGAGAUAUAUUGCUGCCACCCUACAAUCCCAACUCGGUCGCUAGCCAUACUACUCAGAUUGUGCCAGGUCAAGCAGAGCGAUGUGGCCCAGGAGGCAUAUCAGAUAAAGUCACACGGGAUUGGUGUUACGGAUUCGACGCCGACAAGACCAUUCUCGAAGCUCUCGAAAUGGAAUGUCCGUGA